UAACCAAAUUUCAACGCGCCUCCGUCGAGUUCGAACGUACGACGCGUGCUUGGUUCUUCUCUUCGUCUUUGUGGAUUUUGGCUGUUUCCCGCACAGAAAAAAUUAAGCAUAGAAUUAUUAAGUUUUCCCGUAGCUCGCGCAAAACCACCAAUUGAAACACACACACAUAGCAAAAGAAAAUGCAGAGUAAAACAAACAGAAUUACAAUAGUGCAAAUAUAUUUUAAUAAAAUAUAUUGAGUCCCAAGCCAAACCGAAUCGAAUCGUAUCCGAAAUCGGUAUUUGAGAAUAUUGCAAUACGUGAGAAAACCGCGCAAAAACUUUCAGUUUCGUUUUCUUCUUUCAUUGCUGCCGCAACCGGCAAAAGAGAGGGAAGUGUUUCGUUUGCGGUCCGAGCACCAGACGAGCACGAGCAGAACGAAAAGGAAGGAGGAGAAUAGCGGAAUAGAAGAAGUCCGAGAAGGCGCUAAAGUACCGCUAGUUCACUAAUUUCGUGAUUUUUGUGAAUUACAUUGCCGCCAGACGGUAGUGCAGAACCGCAGAAACAACCAGAACAAAUCAAGUACAAAUGCAUAAGAAAAGCGUGAAUUUUCGAGUGAAACACAAUUUAACAAAAAAUAUUAAAAUCAAAAAGCUGUAGCGAGAAAAAUUAUCGAAACACCUACACGGCAAAGCGCGCGUAAAAGAAAAUUUUUUUUGGUGUCCCUUUUUGUUGGUGUUUUCUCCCUGACGAUUACAAAAAUAGAGAAAAAAAAAGAAAAGCAGAAGAAAUUCUAACAAAUUGGAUUACAAUUAAUUGUUGACGAACUGGCUAUAUCCACGUCGAUAUUCCAGAAAUAACGGAUUCUACUUCGAAACAAAGGCAAAGGCCACAUCCGCAAAGAUGACGCUCCCGUUAUUCGACUAUACUACCUGCUUCAGUCUGACGCACAUGGACGAGGAGCUGACAUUUAAUGCCCCAUUCAUGAUCGAUGAUAUCUUCGAUGGCGUGGUCUCCAGCAUCCAGAGCGACCUGGCCAAGAUCGAGUCGCGCGAGGGCCUCGACUACUUUGACGAUAUGGAGGACAUGAAGCCGGAGAUCCGCAACGGAGACUGCAUGUGGUCUGCCUCCUCCAGUUGCCACAGUAGCGGCAGCGCCGCUAACAACAACAGCGCCGCAUCCAGCUACAGCGAUGGCAUUGCCAUUCCCCUGUCAAUUGUUUCGGGCGGGGCCAAUCCUUACGAAUGCCAACAGCAGCAGCAGAAACAGAACAGCGGCGCCAAGCCAGGAGCCGUAGCAGAGGAGGAUCUCCCCGUGAUUAUCAAACAGGAGCCGCUGGACCACUACCACCUGCCGCCGUCCGUGAAGAAGCGUCUUCGCCUCAGCGUCAGCGAAAAGGUGCCAGCUCAGCCACUAACACUGGAAAGCAUAGCCGCUUACGUCGCCGCCGAUCAGCUAAUCCCGCCCGGCGGCAGCUUACUCCGCAAGCGCAACGUCCUACCCCCAACGCGGAGUUGCAAGAUGGCGCAAACGGUAUCAUCGGGUGUGGGAGAGACCAAGCCUGUCCCCAAAUACCUUCUCCCCGACACGCCCCCCCACAGCAUUCCCGAUGAGAGUGUGCCGGGCACGGCACCCAUGUUCCGCCACAAUGUUGAUCUGAGAGCCUGCGUUAUGGGUAGCAACAACAUCUCGUUGACCAGCGACGGCGACGUCAGCUGCAUUAAUCAGAUCAGCCGGGAGCUGCAGAACGCCAGCAAGACGCUGUUCCCGUUAUUCCCGGUGCCGGAAAUCAACGACGUUAUGGACGUACUCAGCCAGGAUUCUCAGCAGCAGUCGCAGCAAUCGAUUCAGUUUCUGUCGACUGCAGACUGCUGUGGAGGUUUGGAGGUGGCUGCCAAUGCGACAACCGUGAAGGUAUCGCCGCCCAAUAGCAGCUCUGACUACGACUCUGAUGACGAAACCUACCGCAACAUGCACAAGAGCACGAUGCUCAUGAGGCACAUAAGCGAUCAUAGUUAUACGCGUUGCAACGAGCUGGACGAUAGACACGCCCCGGAGACGCCAUCAGAUUCGGAUGAGGAAAUCGAUGUAGUUUCAUACCCAGACAAGAAGCAAUUGCAAUUUCCCGUCGGUGAACUGUCCCUGCUGAAAGAGGUGGCCCACCAAAUCUCGAAUGGAAUCAACCAAAAGAAACAGCGCUACGGUAACUACAUUAUGCCGUGUACGCCAGCGAGCAGUAGUCCGGUCAAGUCGGUGGCCAAUUCGCGCUACCCCUCGCCUUCGAGCACACCCUACCAAGCCUCUUCGCAAUCGUACUCGCCUCUGACCGUUGACUCGUCUAACGCCAGCAGCAGCAGUAGCAGCAGCAGCAGCUCUAGCUCUGGCUAUGGAUGCGGCGUGGCCACCAAGGGACACAAGCGCUACUACCUCAAGGUCAACGGCAGUGCCAACGGUAACAUAAGCGUCGGCAGCAGCGGUAUGUCCAUGCAUAAGAUGGCCAACAAUAACAACAGCAGUAGUAGUAGAAUCAUCAGCAAAAAGUGUCGCAGCAAAAAGUCCACCCCAUUCUCGAGCUGCUCCUCAGAGCUGGGGUCGCCAGUGAGCAGCACUGAGGCUGAUGCCUCCAAUAACUGGAUGAGCGAUAUGAGCACCAUGAACAGAAUACCCAAGCAUAAUUCUACCGCUAAAGUGGCCGCUAUAGCUCGUAGCAGUCAGCCUUUUAGCGUGGACGAGGCCGACACCAUCGAGAAGCGCAACCAGCACAAUGACAUGGAGCGCCAGCGCCGCAUUGGCCUGAAGAACCUAUUCGAAGCUCUCAAGAAGCAGAUCCCCACCAUUCGUGACAAGGAGCGCGCCCCAAAGGUGAACAUACUGCGCGAGGCUGCCAAGCUCUGCGAACAGCUGACUCACGAGGAGCACGACCUGGCCAUGGAGUACCAGCGGCUCAAGGAGAAGAAUCGCAAGCGCCAGGAGCUGUUGUCGCGCCUGCGCGCAGCCUCCACAGUCCAUACAGUAACUGAUGAGAGCCGUAAGUGGGUGGGUCAGAGACCUAAAUAGAUCCAAUAUUGAGUGUUGGUUGGGUGAUGAUGCGGCGGCGUAUUUGUAGAGCAGCAGGCGAAACGAUAUAACGAAUAUGAUCUAUGAUAUACUAGCGUAAGGCCCAUUUACGUUCGAUACGGUUUACUAUUACUAUUACUAUUUUUUUUUUUUUUUUUUUGCUCUUGACUAUAAGCAUUUUUUGAAACUUCAAUAUCAGUUGGUAGGAUACGAUCUAAGGUAUAGGAUAAGAGGCCAUUGUAUAUAUUUUGGGUCUUGCUUUUCACUCAAUUUCCUGCUACCGCUCGAGUGGGGAGGGCGAUAUCGAAGUGAUUUAUCAAAUUUGAUUUCUUUAAUGUGAUAUAUAUAAUUUUCUGAACCCGAUUUGAUUUUGGUUUCUUGGGGAGAUCGCGUCAAGGAAGUGGUGAGGUUAAGGAGGAGACCCAGGAAAAGAGGAAAAGAAAAAAAAUUAACAAAAACUGUUUUAUGUAACCAAGUUGAAGUUUCAUAUAGGUACACAAAUAUAGCUAUAGGCUACGUUAAGAUUAGUUCUAGGGUUAGGAUUCUGUACUCUAGGCUACAUUAUUACGCUUUUUUUUUUUUGAAUUAGUUACUUAACUUAACAUGAAGUAAACAGAAACGGAACUGGAACCGAACCGAGAAGAGAACCAGGACAUUGAACCAAUCAAUGAAAACCUAACGAAAUGAAACAACAAGAAAAGAAAGGAAAGGAAGAAAAGGAAACGAAAACGAAAGGGAAAUAAAACGGGAGAACGGAAAACAGACAAAAGUUACAACGAAAGAGCCACAAAGAAAAAGAGAAGGAGGAGACCAAGAGAGUGCGUGAAGAAAUGAGGAGGAGGGGACAAAUGCAGAUCUGUCCAUGGAAUAGGAAGAGCGAGCGGCAGGGUAUGGGAUAAAGCUGAAAGUAUAACUUUUGGUUGAUAAGGCUUCCCUCAGAAAGGUUCCCGACUUUUAGAUAAAGCCAGCGCAACGGGAUCGAACGAUUUAUUUCUGAAGAAUCCUAUCCCAUAUCGUCGCUCUAUAUACAGACACAUGCAAGGGGAAACUUGAUUCACAUCUUGUUCGAUAGUUGAUAGAGUUACAACUAAACCAGAAUAUAUAUAUUUAUAUACAUGUAGAUAGUAUAUAUAUUGUAUAUAUAUUGGAUAUAUCUUUUUAUAUGCGCUUUAAUUGGUAUACGGAUCCAUCCCAUCCCUCUACACAAACGCAUAUAUCUACAUUUAUAUUUAUAAAGAAGACGCAUCCCUUGAGAAGAUCAGACCCAAAAGCACAACUACCCGUAUGGGACACUUGAAUGCUUUUGCUUAGAAACACUUUCCCAGACCGGAGGAAACGCUUUUUAUACACUCACCCAAGAAAUACUUGAACGCUACUGCCUAUAGAAAGAAAAUACAUUUAAUUUGCUAUGAAGAUUUGCAUAUGAUAUAUAUAUAUAUAUAUAUUUAUACAACUGGAAAACUUUUACAAUUGUGUAUACAUGUAUAAACUUGUACAUACAUACACAGCAUUUUGACACUUUUUGCUGUUUUUUUUUCUUCUUUUUUUUGUUUGCUAUGUGUAGGAUAUUCUUUUUUAACCGGAUAACUAUGCAUAUGAAAUGCACGAAACUUAACGAAAAUAAAAUAGAAUGGAGAAUUAAGAAAACUAUAUAAUAGUGCUACCACCCUAGAAAAAGAAUGGGGGGAGAAAGGAAGAGAAGUUGGCUGCAAAGUUUGUAGUUGGGGAGAUAGCCCCCCAGAUAACACCCAAACCUAGACCUAACCCAAGAGAACUCAAACUUUUGUGAGCUGUUUAACUGUCGAUUUUUGCUAAUAAGUUAUAGCCGGGUAAUAUGUUAUAUAUGAUUACCGAUUAAACCAAUUGUUUACACGCAUAUAUACAACUAUAUAUAUAUAUAAAUAUAUAUAUAUUUAUACAUAUAUAUUAAAAUCAACUAUAUAACCACUAUAUACAAAUAUCUAUAUAUAUAUACAACUAAACGAUGCGAAAAGUAAAUGAAGUAAAAACGAAAGCGACACUAUAAACCACAAUUCAAAGGAAAUGUAAACUGUUAUUUAGGUUUAGACACAAAACAAAAUAGUUAUAAAUGAUGACCAGAACUAUAUACACCAUAUAGGCUAGGGCGUGAGAAACAGUGAGAGCGAAAGAAAGAGGGAUGGAGUAUAUACGAAACGCGACGAAGGCAAGCAAACAUUUUUUAAUUUAAAGUGAAGCUUCACCGAAAUUUAGGCGUUAACCUUCUACCAUACAUAUUACCAUGCCUGAAAGAUUGAUAUAUUUCCUAAAGAUACUUUUUUUUGUUUAAGCAUUCUGAUUUAUAUGAUGACAUCGUUACAUAUAUUCUUCGAUUUUUUUACGCCGCCGCAAAGUUUUUUUAAAUUUCUAAAUAUUACUUCAAGAUUUAACGCUAUUUUACAGUAUAUAAUUAAACUAAACUACAAAAAAAAAAAAAAAAAACUGUUAAUGCAUAAACUAUACCAUACCAAUGGUAUAUUGCCUCUAGAAGAUAGAGAAACAAACGAUUGAACUUGGUAAAUUUUUUCUAAGCAAUGUUUUCAGAAAUAUGUACACACUGUAUAUAGAAAUCUCGUUAAAUAAUAGUUACACACACACACAGACACACACAUACACACCCCACACCCACUGAAACAUGAAACUGAAAAUAUGCAAAGUAGAAACAGAGAGAAAUAUUUUUGUAAGAGCCGGAGAGAAAACACAAAGCAAUAGACUUAAGCGAAAUUGUACAACGCGAAAAACGAAACAAAGAAAAACCAACUUCAAUAAACCAACAAAAAUACACCUAUACACAUAUGUAUAUAUAUACAUAUAUAUAAUAUAUGUAUACCACACACAAAAAUACACACGAAUGCACCUAAUUUCCUAUAGUACAUACAAGCAGAAAUAGUUUAAAACAACCCUGUUUUUCUGUCCAUUUCCAUGAUUUGGGCGAUACGGAGAUAAACAAAAAGAAAAACCGUACAAAUUUAUCAAACAAUAAACAAA